CCGUCCACCGGUCGACAGCCUCACGGGGCCUUUGGAGGAUUAGACCAGACUUGGCCUUUCUCAUCAGUAGGUACUCCGGCUAUGCCUCAAGCUCACGAGAAGCUCAGCUGCUUCCUCACCCCACUUUUCGUCGCCGUUAGCCUUGCUAUCUGCAGCGCGGGAGGCGACGUUAGCGAGCAGUUCGUCUACUCCGGCGGCUUCGCCAGCGGUAACCUCACCCUCGGCGGCGCUGCCGCAGUCACACCCGCGGGCCUGCUCGAGCUCACCAACGGCACGCUCCGGCAGAAGGCCCACGCCAUCCACCCAUCCCCGUUCAGCUUCCGCAACGCGUUGACGGCGGCGCGGUCGUUCUCGGCCUCCUUCGUGUUCGGCAUCCUCUGCCCGGACGACGACAACUGCGGCCACGGCAUCAUCCUCUUCGUCGCCCCGGGCGGCUACGACUUCUCCUCCGCGUUCCCAAGCCAGUACAUCGGCUUCGUCAACAGCACCAGCAACGGGGCCGCCGCCAACCACAUCUUCGGCGUGGAGCUCGACACGGACCAGAACAACGAGUUCCGCGACAUCGACGGCAACCACGUGGGCAUCGACGUUGACGGGCUCACGUCCGUCGCGUCCGCCAGCGCCGGCUACUUUCGCGACGGCGACAAGGACGGCGGCGUCUUCCAGAACCUGACGCUGUCGAGCCGCAAGGCCAUGCAGGUAUGGGUGGACUACGACGGCGCGGGGAAGCAGAUCACCGUGGCCAUGGCUCCCGCCGGGAUGUCCAGGCCCGUGAAGCCGCUGCUCUCCACGGCGUACGACCUCACCACGGUGCUCACGGACACGGCGUACGUGGGCUUCUCGUCGGCGACGGGGUCCUUCAACUCGCGGCACUACGUUCUGGGCUGGAGCUUCGCCAUGGACGGGCCUGCUCCGGCCAUCGACAUCGCGCAGCUGCCAAGGCUGCCUCGCUUUGGCCCGAAGCGCCGCCCCAACCUCGCGAAGAUCAUCCCGCCCGUAGCGACGGCGGCGUUCAUCCUCGCCGUCGGCGCCGUGGCCGUCCUGCUGGUACGGCGGCGGCUCAGGUACAGGGAGGUGCGGGAAGAUUGGGAGGUGGAGUUCGGGCCGCACCGGUUCUCGUACAAGGACCUGUUCCGCGCCACCAAUGGGUUCAAGGACAGGAAUCUGCUGGGCGUGGGAGGGUUCGGGAGGGUCUACAAGGGGGUGCUGCCGGUGUCCAAGCUGGAGAUCGCCGUGAAGAAGGUGUCGCAUGACUCGCAACAGGGCAUGAAAGAGUUCGUCGCGGAGGUCGUCAGCAUUGGGCGUCUGCAACAUCGGAAUUUGGCACAGUUACUUGGCUAUUGCAGGCGUAAAGGGGAAUUGGUCCUCAUCUACGAGUACAUGCCAAAUGGGAGCCUCGACAAGCAUCUGUACAGUGAUGAGAAACCAGUUCUGGAUUGGGAGAAGAGGUUCCGGGUCAUCAGAGGAAUCGCAUCGGGGUUGCUCUACCUCCACGAGGAGUGGGAGAAGGUGAUCAUCCACCGAGACAUCAAGGCCAGCAACGUGCUCCUAGAUGCUGAGAUGAAUGGCCGACUGGGCGACUUCGGACUGGCAACGAUGUACGACCGUGGCGCCAACGCGCAGACCACGCACGUCGUCGGCACCAUUGGAUACCUAGCACCAGAGCUUGGCCGCACCAACAAGGCGACGCCCCUGACCGAUGUGUUCGCCUUCGGAAUAUUCAUGCUCGAGGUCACCUGCGGCCAGAGGCCCAUUACCCAAAAUUCACGGGGCGAACAGCACAUGCUGGCCGAUUGGGUGCUUGAUCGUUGGCACACAGGAUCGCUAACCGAGGCCGUGGAUGCCAAGCUUCAUGAAUAUGAUGUCGAUGAGGCAACCCUCGCUUUGAAGCUAGGAUUGUUGUGCUCGCAUCCUCUCUCCAACUCGAGGCCUGACAUGAGGCAGGUUGUGAGGUAUCUUAAUGGAGAUGUGCGACUACCGGAGCUCACCCCGACUAAUGAAACCUUCCAGAUUCUUGCGAUGAUGCAGAACGAAGGGUUCGACUCGUAUGUCAUGCCACACCCUUCGCCCAUGGAAAGCAUGAACACCAUGUCCAGCAUUGCCAGUGAAAAAUGACAUGUUAGCAUUACUUGUGAUUCUCUAUAUGCACAAAUUAAUGUAUACACUGGUUGCUCUGGUUUCCAUAAUA